AUGGCAUCCGAACCCAAGACCUACGUGUCUGGGGGACGCGUUCUCGCAAGUCCCCCCAUCACAGUCCGCAUCAUCCGCUUCGUCGAGAACAUCUACCUCUUCCUCGGAUUAUACAUCGUCAGCCUAUUCUCGCUGGACCCCUACACCGCAGCCCAAAACUCCCGAUUCAACGUUACUCAUUCAGGAAAGACUCCCAAUACUCGUGCUCGCUGGGGCAGUGGAGGUGGAGGUGGAGGCGGUUCCUGGGGACCGGGCGGCGGCGGUGGUGGUGGUGGACCGGGAGGACCUGGGAGGAGGAUCGGUCGGGUGGAUGAUAUUCGUGGCCCGGAGUGUAAGAGCUGUGGGCACAAGCGUCCCAUCCAGCAUCACACUAUGUCUACACCACAAACCGACGCCGAAAGGGCGACGCUGAUCUCCGGCAUCCAACAAUCCCUCCCAACGACCUUCCCUUCAUAUGACAUUUCAUCUGAAAUCAAUCGUACCAUAGACCACACUCAGCUAGCCUUGACAGCAACGGAGCAACAGAUCGACGACCUCUGUCAGGAAGCCAUCCAGCACCAAUUCGCGACAGUCUGCGUGCGACUGAACCAUGUUUCUCGAGCAGUCCAGAACCUGAAAGAACAUCCAGCCGUUGGAGUAGCCUGUGUUGUUGGAUUUCACGAGGGAACUUACAAGACGGACGAAAAGACAGCUGAAGCGAAGGAGGCAGUAAAUCUGGGAGCGUCUGAGCUCGACAUGGUGCUCAACUACCCUCUUCUACAAGAGGGGAAGUACAAGGAUGUCUAUGCGGACGUGCUGGAAGUGCGCAAAGCAGCCCCGACACCCGUUGGAUUAAAGGUCAUCUUGGAGACGUCUCAGUUGACUCGCGAGCAGAUCAUAGCGGGCUCGGUGCUGGCGUGUGUAGCUGGAGCGGAUUACAUCAAGACUAGUACUGGGUUCAAUGGGCCCGGAGCGAACUUGGAGAACGUUGCUCUUAUGCGAGAGACGGCCAAUCUGGUUGGAAAGGGCACCAAGGUCAAGGCCAGUGGAGGAGUACGGUCAGCAGAGGACUGUCGCAAGAUGUUGCAAGCAGGAGCGGCGCGUAUUGGGAGCAGUUCGGGGGUGAAGAUUAUGCAGGAGGAGAAGACGGGAAUUGCUAGUAGUGGUAGUGGUAGUGUCUCUUUUCCGUCCUCCACAUCCCCUUCUCAUCAUCCUUCAUCGCUCUCUACUCCUUUCUGCUGCCCUGCGAUGCGCCGUCCCAACUAUAAGAGACGCAAGACUACCCACGAAGAUAGUCCUUCGUCGCACCACAAUGGCACAACCAAUUCCCUAUUCACCGAAAAGCCCUCAGCCGUCUUCCACCCCAAGGGUGGCCGAUCGCAUACUCUCAGCGUUGCCAUUCCGGGCAGCAUCAUAGCCAACGCGCAUUCUGUCGAGCAAAAGACCCUCCUAGCCGGUGUGAUCGCGCGCGCCCUCGCCGUCUUCUGCGUCGACGAAGUCGUGGUCUUUGACGAUGAUGAAAAUGGUGCAUACUGUGACUUUCAUGAGCAUUAUUAUCACGAUAACUCACCCAGUGCCAAAACUAGAAACCAAAUGGAUGGCGGUGCAUCCUCUCCCAAAGCCUAUACCGCGAAUUCGGACCCUUCACACUUCCUGACUCACAUUCUGUCGUACCUCGAGACUCCACCGUACUUGCGCAAACACCUCUUUCCCAUCCAUCCCAAUCUUCGCACAGCUGGUUUGCUACCCAGCUUGGAUAUGCCCCAUCACUUGCGUGCCAAUGAGUGGUGCGACUUCCGUGAAGGCAUUGUUGUUUCUAGUCCUGGCCGAUAUUCAGCGCGAAACAGACAUUCGGCCAGCAAGGUCACUCAGAUGGGCAAUGAUCAUCAGUUCCACCAUCAUAGCAGCUCUACUGACAAUGGCCCUGUCACAAUUGUGGACACGGGUCUCUCACAAAAAAUAAUUCUUCCAAACAUCCACCUUCCAGAACAUGCCCGAGUAACAGUCCGAUUUCCCCAGCAUGAAUCCCCGUAUGCAGAAUCCGUACACCCAUCCACUCCUCGGGUAGAAGCGGGGUAUUACUGGGGCUACUAUGUGCGACGAUGUCGGUCUCUCUCUUCCAUAUUCACUGAGUGUCCUUAUGACGGUGGCUAUGACCUCUCCUUCGGCACGUCCGAGCGUGGUAGGCCUAUCUCCACAGUGCUAGAAGAGAAGCCCCAACAAGCACACGAUCGCUACGAGCAAGACCACCCUCCUGAUCGCGAACAGCGUCCUCCAGACUUUCAGCAUAUCCUCAUUGUUUUUGGUGGUGUUGCUGGGAUCGAGGCAGCUGUCCGGAACGAUCCCCAACUCCGCGACAUGGCCAUUCGCCCAUCAGAUGCCGACAAACUCUUCGACUACUGGGUAAAUUUCCUACCCGGACAGGGAAGCAGAACCAUCCGCACGGAGGAAGCCGUUUGGAUGGGGCUGACGAGUCUCCACGGCCUGUUUGAUGGCACCCACCGGCUGAAAAAGGCAUACAAAUAUCAUCACGACGGCUAA